AUGCUUCAUUCGCGUCAGUUAUCAAGUAAAUUUGUAACUCCAAUUAGUAGUCUGCUAAGACGUAACUAUGCUAGUGUUGUUGCUUCACCCAUAGUCACAAAGUCUAAAACUGGAGUCUCGGUUGUUUCAGUUGAAGACAAUGCCCCCGCUUCUUCUGUUUCCCUCUUUGUUAAGGCUGGUUCUCGGGCAGAAUCCACUGAUAAUGUUGGAGUAGCUCAUUUUUUAAAGAAUUUUGCUUUCAAGAACACUAAGGGUAAAACCGCAUUUCGCUUGACACGUGAAGCAGAGUUUCUCGGUGGUAUAUUAUCGGCAAAUUUGACAAGAGAGAGUUUGAUUCUUUCCGGUGAAUUUUUACGUGAAGAUCUUUCUUAUUUCUUGGAAGCGUUAUCUGAUGUGAUCUUUAAAACAAAAUACGAGCCAUAUGAAUUCGAUUAUGUAAAAAAGAGUGUUAGUUUUGAUAGCGGUGCAGCUGAAUCUAUCCCCGAAGUCUUAGCCUUAAACGCGGCUCAUUCAGUUGCCUUUCGUCAUGGUUUAGGCAAUUCUUUAUUUGCAAAUGCUACGACAAAGGUAAAGGAUGUUGAUCAAAUUAUAGCAUUUGCUAAUAAGGUUUAUACUGCAUCCAACAUUACCGUCAUUGGUACAUCUGUAAACCAUAAAGAAUUGGUGUCGCUGACAGAUAGAUUCUUUGAGGGUGUCAAUCAUGCUGUUCCUACCACUCCUAUUCCUUCUAAAUACUUUGGUGGGGAAUCUAGGAUUGCCGCAACUGGCGAGAGUCAUUUUGUUCUUGGGUUUGAAGGAGCACCAGCAGGAACUCCUGAUUACUCUAUUCUCCAAGUUUUACGUGCUCAUUUAAGUGGAGAAACACACAUAAAAUGGGGUGAUGGAGUAACUCCUUUAGCUCAAACUGCAAAUAGACUUAAAGAUGUCCAAAUUGGUUCAUUUAAUGUUGGAUAUUCUGAUGCUGGACUUUUUGGUUUAUAUAUGUCGGGAGAACCUACAUCCGUGUAUGCGGCUGCCAGAGCUGUUGCUGAACAAUUGAAGCAUACCGCACAUGGUAUUUCAAAAGAAGAUUUCCGACGUGCUAUAAAUAAGGUUAAAUAUCACACCGCUGUCUCUUAUGAUACACGUGCUUCCAAAACCGAACUUUAUGGUGGCCAGGUUUUACAUUCUGGCAAAAUUAUCCCUGUCUCAGAUGCAUUGUUCGAAUUUGAUCAUAUCACAGACGAAGACGUUAAAAAUAUGGCACAAAAAGUUCUUCAAUGCAAACCCACAACUGUUGCAUUAGGUGAUAUCAACACUUUGCCUUACGCCGAUACUAUUUCACUUUAA